AAUGAACAACUUUGGGUCAAAUGGAGCUGGAGGAAAGUUUCAGAAUAACAAGGGAGACCAGAGUAACUCGGUGACUAUUGGUAUUGCAGAUGAGCAUAUUGGGGUCGUUGUUGGCCGUGGUGGAAGAAACUUAAUGGAAAUCAGUCAGGCUAGUGGGGCCAGGAUCAAGAUAUCAGAUAGAGGCGAUUUCAUGUCUGGAACAUCCGAUAGGAAAGUGACUAUCACAGGACCACAAAGAGCAAUCCGUGUAGCAGAGGCAAUGAUAUCACAGAAAGCGGCAUCUGCUUCUGAGAGUCCAACAUUUCGAUACGGAGAAGGAAGCAAGCUUUCAUCAAAAGUGUCUUAGUUUCAGUCAUCGUGCAUCUUGCUGAACUGUAGCUUUUAUGUUUUGAUGCUCCGGAUUAGUUGAUCAAUGGACUGGAAUCCUGGAUGCGGCGUUAUCACCACACACGCACACAAAUCUGUAGCUUUUAUGUCUGUUUUUUAUUGCUCGUUUACUUGAUUUUUCUUAAGGAAUAUUGUAAUGAAGGAGGGUUUUUUGUUUUUUGUUUUUUUUGAUUAAAUCAUUUAUUGGACUAACAAUAGUUCAAGACAAGCUUUUCAUAUGGCUUAUGAAAAAUGCUUGGGAGCCACUAAAAAGGGAUCACUAGAGGGAGUACUAAUGAUGUGGCAGUGGGUCAUGUCCACUUUCUAUGUCUUGUUUUUAUUUUUUUAUUAUUUUUUUUGCCAUUCUUAAUAUAUUAGUGCUAUUAGUGGUGUAUUUUUUAA